CUGUGUGCGUGUCAUUAUUUUUGGGUGACGACAAAAAUGUUGAUAAAACAAGUCUCGCGAAACCCGGAUAGUUUCCAUUAAUUCAAUUAACGAGUUUGCAGGCGUAUUUUAUAAUUUAGCGCAACAACCACUUCGUGGAGAGUGCACAAUGGAGGCGCUGUAUCUUCAAACCAACGGACUUAUUCAGGAAACACAGCAAUAUUUCCAACGCCUUAACGAUAGCCGAGCCGAUGCGGGGCAGAUCGUUCACGAAAUCGAAAUGAAGAUCCUUAGCGCGAAUGGAAACUGCGAUCGAUUAGAUGUACUGCUGUUCAAAGUCCCGGUGGCACAACGGCAAAACGCGAAAAUGCGUGUCGACCAACUGAAGUACGACAUUCGGCAUCUGCAAGCUGCUCUGAAAUUGUACCACGAAAAGCGACAACGCCGUGAGACGGAGCUAGCGGAGCGAGAAAGCUUGCUGAGCAAAAGGUUCGCGCCCAACAAUGAGAUGUCGAUCGAUAUCGAUUACUCCUUGCAGCAACACAAUUCCAUGCAGAACGCACAUCACGGAGUUGACGAAAUGCUGUGGACAGGCUCGAGCAUUCUGGACGGUUUGCGAACGCAACGGGAAACACUCAAAGGUGCUCGCCGACGAAUCAUGGAUAUCGGUAACACCCUGGGACUAUCCAAUCAGACGAUGAAAAUGAUCGAACGAAGACUUGUUGAGGACAAGUAUGUGAUGUACGGUGGAAUGUUCAUAACGACAGCAGUUAUUGUUUUAAUAAUUUAUUUUUGGGUACUUUAGCUAUCAAAUACACGACAUCCACUUGCAUUGAAAUUUGACGUGACGAAUCAC